GCGAUCAUCGGGUUUGGGGGCGCCUUCACAGACGCCGCCGGUAUUAACAUUAAAAGUUUGCCACAAAUACUGCAAAAGCGGUUAAUUGAGGACUAUUUCGGGGAAACGGGUAUUGAGUACACAUUGGGUCGGAUACCGAUCGGGGGCUCAGACUUCUCCACACAUGCCUAUAGUUAUGACGAUAACUAUAAAAAUGAUUUCCAAUUAAAACACUUUAAUCUAACGGAAGAGGAUUUUGAUCUUAAGAUACCUUUAAUUAAAGAGGCUAAAGAAGUGAGCAAGCACGAUUUACGACUUAUUGCUAGUCCAUGGUCCGCACCGGCCUGGAUGAAAAACAAUUCAGAAUUAAACCAUGGUGGUUUUCUAAUAGAUCAACCUGGAGGCAAAUAUUACAAAGCAUUUGCUAAUUAUUUAGUCAAAUUUCUGGACGCCUAUAAAGCAGAGGGAAUACCCUUAUGGGGCAUAACUAUAGAAAACGAACCCGAGAUGCCUAUAUAUCUUGACAAACUUCUAGGCAAAAAACAUCCGUUCAAUAGUAUGACAUUCACUCCCGAACUGCAACGGGAUUUCCUGAAACUAGAUUUGGGUCCCAUUAUGUCUGCCGCCGGUUAUGGGCCUAACGUUACCCGAGUUAUGGUUUGCGACGAUAACAGGCCAUACGUUAGCCAAUGGGCUGAAGUCAUAUACGGGGACAUAGAGGCGGCUCAAUACGUGUCCGGAAUGGCUUUUCACUGGUAUAUGAACAGUGAAAGCAAUGUGGGCAAUUUGGAUACUGUGCACAAUCAGGAUCCGAGCAAGUUUAUUUUGAGCACUGAGGCGUGUGAAAUGUGGUUUGGUAUGGAUCACCAUGUUUAUUUGGGCAGUUGGCAAUUAUUUGAGAAGUACGCUACUGACAUAAUUACGGAUUUGAAUCACUGGACCGGGGGUUGGGUUGACUGGAACCUGGCUCUGGACACUAGGGGUGGACCCAAUUGGGUGAAUAACUUCGUGGACGCGCCGAUUAUAGUGAACGCUACGGCCCGGGAGUACUACAAACAGCCGUCGUUUUACUCGAUCGCACACUUCAGUAAAUUCCUUCCGCCCGGCGCU